CCGUAGCCCCGCCCCUUUCCGAACCCGCACGAUCGGCUCGGUGGGCGGGGCCUCGAGCGUUCGGCGACCAAUCAGCGCCUCGCUCCUUGGCGGGAGCGGCGUCACUUCCGGCGGCGGCGGCGGCGGGGGCGGAAGCGGCGGCGGCCCGAGGAUGUUUUACCACAUCUCCCUGGAGCACGAGAUCCUGCUCCACCCGCGCUACUUCGGGCCCAACCUGCUCAACACCGUCAAGCAGAAGCUUUUCACCGAGGUGGAGGGGACCUGCACCGGGAAGUACGGGUUUGUGAUCGCCGUCACCACCAUCGAUAACAUCGGGGCCGGGGUGAUCCAGCCGGGCCGGGGCUUCGUUCUCUACCCCGUGCGCUACAAAGCCAUCGUCUUCAGACCCUUCAAGGGAGAGGUGGUGGAUGCUGUGGUCACCCAGGUUAACAAGGGAGAGGUGGUGGAUGCUGUGGUCACCCAGGUUAACAAGGUCGGGCUGUUCACGGAGAUUGGGCCGAUGUCCUGCUUCAUCUCGCGCCACUCCAUCCCCUCCGAGAUGGAAUUCGACCCCAACUCCAACCCCCCCUGCUACAAAACCGUGGACGAGGACAUCGUGAUCCAGCAGGACGACGAAAUCCGGCUGAAGAUCGUGGGGACCCGAGUGGAUAAAAACGACAUCUUCGCCAUUGGCUCCCUCAUGGACGAUUACCUGGGUCUGGUCAGCUGAGCCCCGCGACCCCUCCCCACUUCUGCCCCCCAAAUUUUGGGGUGUUCUGCCCCAGAUCUUGGGGGGCUCUGCCUUUCCUCUCCAAACUCCCAAUAAAAGUUUUUUUCGCCCGUUUUUCACCCA